UAUGUGCCGAUCCGAUCGGCUCACGGUGUGUGUAGAAGCCCGCGACCACAAAUAUCCGCCCGUGACAAUCAUGCAUAUCUGUCUGUCUCUGUCAAACCACCUCAUGCAAUUCCCUCCUCCCUCCCUCCCUACUCACUCCCACUCGACUCGGCCGCAUAAAUGCCGUCUGUCUGCAUUCAUUGUGUGUACGUGCUUGAAAGUAACCUCAACGAAUCAUUCAUUCACUCACUCGCUCGCUCAUUCUUACAAAUACACAAACAAAACACAUUACACUCAUACGUGGGUGGCCCUCACUCACCUACAGGCGAACAUCUGUCUGGUGGUAUCUAUAGUACAGACCCCUCCCUCCCUCACCCCCUGCUGUCUGUUUCGUUCCCCCUCGUCGAGAGCGAUUUCAAGCCCCUGAAGUGCGGCUUGAGCGGCACACCGGAUGCCGCAGGCGCCAACAGGCCACUGCUGUGCUCACUCGUGCUGGACACCCGGCCGUCAUGUGACGAGUGGGCAGACAUGCCCCCGUCCUGCCUGACAGCAGCCGAACCCGCAUCGAGAAACCGCCGCUGCAGACCACUGCCCUCAUUGCUGUCGUGGUUCGCCGUGGGCGGCGGCUGGUCAACCACCGAGGUUGACAGGUAGUUGCCCAUGCGCCAGUAGAGCCGCUCGUGAAUUGCCCUCCCUUGCGAGAUCCUCUUGUGCCGGUGCACUGGGCUGGGCACACUGGCGGCCGGAUGGGGACGUGACGGCGAGGGUGCAGAGGGGAGGGCACCGAUGGGUGGCAUCGACGGCGGCAGGGGCGGCCGACUGUGCCGGUGCGGGGCCUCGCGAUGAUCCGCCCUCCUCCCAGUGCUCACCACAGGGGACAGAUCGCCCACAAUCCUCGGGAGAGCUAUAGAGGCCACGUCGGCACGCUGAGGAGAAGAACGGUCCGCCGAGUGCCGCCGACGCCGGGCAUCACUCAUGAGUGGGAAGGUAUGGUUGAGAAUCGGGCUGGCAUCGGGUGCAUCCGUCCACCGCGGUGCGGGGCUGGCGGGGGUAGAUCUGGCAAGCCGCCACGGUGCCAGCUGCGGUGAGGACAGCAGUGAGGGAGAGGGGGACUGGUCGCCAGCAGCAACCAAGGCUUCGAACAGCUGCAGACACACACAGAGGCAUCACACGAUACUGGCUUGGUGACCGUGUCAUGUUUGUACCUGUUUUGCUUCGCGGAACGGAAUCCCUUGUGAGCUGCUGGCAGGUGAGGGCGCCUCCCCACAGUCGGUGCCGGUGCGGCAGCUCUCGGCGCCCUCCGAUUUCCGCCGCUCUCUGGGCCUGGGUGGGUCCAUCUGCCGCUGCUGCGGUGGUGACCCGCUGGCGCGCCCCCUCUCCCACAACAUGCGCUGAAGCAGAGGGAUGAAGCUCUCGGACGAGCGGUCUUCGCCACGGAUCUUCUCGUAGAGGCGGGAGAACACCUUGUCCCUGUCAGAGGCCUUCUUGGACGAGUAGAGGCGCAUGUAGUGCUCUAUCAUCUCUAUGUGGUGCUGCUCCCGCUGGGUGCGAAAGAACAGCUGCUCCUGACUCACAGACACGCAGCCACCAACCAACACGCACACAUCGGCGCUUGGGCAUACACACAGCGAGGAGAGUGCUGUCUGGCGCACCAGGCUCUCAGUAGAGUUGGGAUGCUGCAGCUUCUCGCGAGCCUUCGCGUGUUCUUCCCUCUCAUGACGCGCUGCAGCACACAGUGGCAGAUCCAUCACGCCUUAGUGCCUCAUGAAUGCAAUGAGUGCUCGUCUGUGUAACUAGGUGGCAAGUUGGCACCUUGAUUCUGUUGCUGCUGGCGGAAGCCUUCGGGGUUGAGGGCGCUGGACGAGGUGUGCUCAUCCUUCCGCUCGAACAGGGCCCUCAGCUUGCGGACGUCAGCUUUCUGCUCCUCCUCGCCAUUGUCCUCGUCUUCCUCCGCAUCGACACCCACAUUGGCCUCAUCACCACCGCCGUCAGCCAUCAUCCAUAUCUCUAUUCAGC